AUGGCGAACACUGGGCUUGAGGACAAGUACGAGGAGUUGGUGAAAUUUGAAGCACAACUUAAGGCGUACAGAGACAGUCAGAGGAGACGGAAACAGACGAUGGCGGGAGUGGGUGAAGAACUCGAAGGGGAAAUCGCGACAAAGUCUCUGACAAGAAGGAUAACGACGAGGAAAGCGAAAACGACAGUUAAGGAGAUCGUGCAUGAAGGGCGCGUCUUUGCGGGGGAGAGGGAAGUGCUGGCGGCGGCAUCGGACUUCUUCUUUAAACUGUUUCAGGAGAAAGGGCAGGAGGUGGAACUGGAGGAGUGGCCUAUGGACCCCCGAAAGGUGCUGAACAAAGGAGUGGGCCCCCUGGCAGCCCCGUGGUCGGAAGCGGAAGUAAAAAAGGCAAUCAAAGAGCUCCCACGAGGCAAGGCACCAGGAGCUGAUGGUUUACUGAAAGAGCUUCUGCAGGACAACUGGGACCUGCUGGGGGAAGUAGUGAUGGACUUUAUGAGAGAUUUUGAAGCGUCUGCGAAACUGCCGGAGAGCUUCUCAACGGCGGUGACGAUCUUGCUACACAAAAAGGGGGAAAAAACGGACUUGGGGAACUACCGACCCAUCACGUUACUGGGAGCGGUGUACAAAAUCAUUGCGAAGCUGCUGGCAAACAGAAUGAAGAAAGAGUUACCGCAAGUCAUCUCGGAGAACCAGUUUGGCUUCGUCCCAGGCAGGAGAUUAGCGGACGCCGUAAAAGUGGUAGCAGACACGGUCGAUGCGGCAGUGCUGGGGAAGGAAGACUGGUACCUGUUACUUGUUGACUUCCAGAAAGCUUAUGACUCAGUGUCGCGGAAAUUUCUCUUCCGCACGCUGGAGUGA